GAAAAACCAAACAACAGUCGCCGGAGCAACACUUUCUGAAUACAUUUGCAUUCACUUGAACCUCAAAAACUACUGCAAUAAACUGUUAAAAUAAUAUUGGURAUCUGCUGACGCCCAUAAAUGUUUCAAAAAUGAAAAAUUAAAAAAAAUAUCAAAAAUAAAACCAACCAAUAAUUGAACUUAAAAAUUAAUUAAAGUAAACUUGAAAAAAGUAAAGUGCAAUAAUUAUAUAACUCAUGUGUGCGGAGUGAAACCAGACGUUGUCAACGAAAAUAUAAGCGCAUCGAAUUCGCGAAUUAUAAAACGAAUUUCAAAGCUGUCACAUAUUAAAGCACUUAAGUGAGGAGCUCUACGCCGAAUCGAAGAGCAGGCUWCGCGACGACGCUGCCAAAACGUACAAAAAUAAUCGAAAGAUUGCUGCUUCUUCAUUACUUUGYAUAUUAAAAAUAACAAGUACACAAACACACUCACAAAUACAUUGAUUGGAUAUGUGACUUGUGUGCUCUACAGUUGCAAUUGCAUGUACAUAUAUGCACAUUUGUAUGUAUAACAUAAACACACAGGCAAGAAAUUACCAAAUCGCCAGGCCAACACCGUUAACACGGACAAUUUUUGUGCAUGCGCGCAGCCAUAAACCAAUAAUUGCACAAACCUCCAAGAGCGCAAUUCGCACAGUUCACCACUUUUUGGCCCAGCGUGAGCCGCAAUCAAUUGGCACUUUGGCAAAGCACCGAUGAUGGUGAUKUUUGGCCGUGCUUUUAAUUGCAUCAUGGAAGGUUUGCAAAUUCUUCUGGGUCAUUUAUUUGAUAUUUUGAAGAUUUACCUCAAGUUCGGCCUUAUUACUUUGGUGUUUUACUUUGUGGCCGAAUGGUAUAUACUGCAUUAUACCGAUUUCGAUGCACUCAUGGAACCGCAGCCCCUGUUGAAACCGGUCAGUAAUAGUACUGCUAGUAAAGUAUAUCGCUUUGUGUUGGAUUUUUUCCUAGGCUAGACGUAGUUAGAUGUUGAUUUAGUUUAGUUAUAUGAAAAUAGUGUUAUCUUAAUUUAUAUUUAGUUUGUCAUAUUAAUGAUAUAGUUUAACAAUUUUUUGUAUCGAAAAUAAAAUCAAGAUGGUAAAUUGUACACAUUUAACUACUGCGUAAGUCUUCCGACUUUUUAAUAUUCAUGACAAACUAAAGUCAAGGCUUUUGAUUACGUCGAUUUGAUUUCGAAUAUAUAAUGAUAAUGAGUUUGCUUUAGUAUUAAAUAAUAUUAGAUGGUAAUAAAAAUAAUAAAAUUGA